AUGCUAGUUCGAACGACGAAUCUCUCUCUUCUCCCUUGUUCAACAGCAACUGAGAGUGAGACGAGUGUAGUCAGCGCACGAGUAAUUCUAAUAGCUUGUAAAAUUUGCUUCAGCAUGAGUUUCACAGUGCAAAGCUUCGACCUAAGAUCAACUUUCAAACUCGACAAGAAGCUCCUUCGUUUUGCAGGAUUUUAUCCAAAAAACCAACACUUGUACUUUUUCAGAGCAGCCAUAAACUUAUUUUUCUCCAUUUCGCAAUUAAUCUCAAUGACUGUACAAAUCAUAAUCGACCGAAACGACAUAAUGAAAUUGUCAGAAUCGCUUCAAUAUUUCACAACCCUCGUCACUUUCAUUUGGAAGCUAACAUUUUUCGCAAUCAAUAAAAAAACUCUGCUACAAAUCGAGGAAAUUUUAACUUCGCCGAUUUUCUACGGGUACCCGGAGCACCAUUUAACCCUGCUCAAGCAAAAAAUACGAGCUGGUCAAACCGCUGGAACGACUUUUCGAAUUUUGUCAGUGGCGGCUGUUGGGUUCUGGGGUUUGCCUUGUUUUUUUGAUACCGAAAAGUCGAAAAGUUUGCCGGUUCCUGGCUGGUUUCCGUACGACGUGAAUAAAUAUUACUAUCCGACUUUUGUGUUCCAAAUUUUGGGGAUUGCGAAUACGGCGUACACUGAUUCAUCGAUUGAUAUUUUGUCGUGGAUUUUGAUCAGUAUAGCUUCUGGGCAGUUCGAGGUGUUGAAAGAAAAUCUGAGGUCUAUCAAUUACGAAAAUGACGAUAGUGAGACUGUGGAACUAGCUUUCAAAAAAUGUGUCAAACAUCACAAGAAAAUCAUAAAGUUUGUGUACAAAAUUGAGAGUAUGUUUUUGAAAGGGGUGUUUUUGCAGUUCUUCGCGAGUGUUUUCAUUAUUUGUUUCACCGGGUUUUUAAUGAUGAUUCUUCCUGUUGUCAGUAUGCAGUUUUUUUUAACUUUCACAUAUUUUGUGUGUAUGAUGUGUGAAGUCGCGGUAUAUUGUUGGCUUGGCCACGAAGUUAUGACCACAAGUAGCACUAUUGGGGAAUCUUUAUACAUGUCGAAUUGGUACGAAUCGAAUUUGACAUUCCGAAAAAAUGUCGUCAUUUUUAUGGAAAAAACUAAAACUCCGGUUACGAUGACUGCUGGUGGAUUUGUCCCUUUAUCUUUGGCAACACUAACGUCUAUUUUGAGGUCGUCGUAUUCCUAUUUUGCUGUACUACAGCGUCUGUAUGACCCAUAG